UUUUUUUUCUUCUUCCCGUUCAUCACGAAAAACUUUUCCAACGUCGCAGCCAGGUAUGAGGGGGAGAAAAGUCCCCUCUCUCUCUGUGAGCCCCCUACAUGACCAGGGGUAUCUUCGUGUUCGCUAGCUUCGGGCAGCGCUCGCAGUCGUGUGAAGACUGCGGAAGCUUACCGAUCUCUCGGUUAGUCGUGCUCGCGGGUUCCUCGGGGUGUCAACGCGACACGUGCGGUUUACCGAAAGGCUCGCCGAUCUCCCGACGGGUCGUCGUAGUGUGUCCGAGACGGAUCAUGUGCGGCAUGUUACCAAUGCUGCAAGAAAAUUCUUUGUUUCCAUUUAAUCCCAGCCUGGACGAUGAGAUUAAGCGGCUGUUCGACAUCACUCUCAACAAGAGGCCUCUGCCAACCGUUGAAGAAGUGAUGGAGGAAUUUCGACAUAAUGGUCGCGACUUCGAGUAUUGUCCAGAUGUUGUGGAUACAGACUCGUCGAAACAAAAUGCACCACGACGAAAAAAGAAUAAAAAGCCGUUGCCGACGGAAUGCGUUUUCUGUAGAAACAACGGAGAGGAGGAAACGUACUAUCGGCAACACUUGCUAAAAGAUGUCGACGGACGUAUUUUGUGUCCUGUCCUCAGGGCUUACACUUGUCCGAUUUGCGGCGCGUGUGGUGACGCAGCACACACAGUUAAGUAUUGUCCGAAGGGCCCGUAUAAUCCUGGUACCAUUAGUACAGCAAAUGCCUUUAAAUUCCUGAGGAACUCUACGGGCAAACGUCGCAGCAAGAAUAAGAGGAGCACAACAACCUUGAGCGCAUGUCGAUAUCAACUGCUGACGGAGGCUAUCCCCGUACACGUCCAAGUGCCAACGAGUCAGACAAUCUAGUUCCCUAGAUUACUGUAUACAAUAUUUCUCUUUCGUACUUAAUAUUUACAUUUGUCUGUAGCGUGAAUACUGACAGCCGACGUGAUCUCGCACACUCGUACAAAUACGCCGUAACGCUGAUCCUAAAUCGAGAUUGAAAUUUGACUUUAUCAGUUAGUUUCCGCUGGCAUCUCUUGCAUUCUUUUAUAUAUAUAUAUAUUUAUAAUUUUUUUUUAUUAUAUAUAUAUAAGCUUUUAUACUUUUGAUAUGUAAUAUCCGUGAUAUAAUCUACUCUACCUCUUUCUAUUUAUACUUCUUAUUUACCUUUUAUUUAACGCGUCGGAAACGAUACUCAUAAAAUGAACCUCUCGAUUUGGAGCGAGAACUGAUAUAUGCGUAUUUCGCGAAUCGCGACACAGGUUGAUUCGGUGAUACGUGUAUAUGUUUGAUGUUUGUUACGACGCAUCUUUAGAGUUAAAUGCGAUUUCUGGUUAACGAAAGAAAUGUGAGCAAUUAUACUUAUAAAACGUACAGGGGGAAAUUUUUUUAGAGCAAAUUCGGUUUAGGUAUUACGUCCUCGACACGCAACAGUUUCAAGAUAUUUAAUAUCUUGACUACGAAAAAUGUCGGUUAUUCCUUGGAUGAAUGGUAGAAAUAAGCGGCAUAUUUCGAGACGGACACAAGGAUGCUUUUGUGAUUUCUUGAUGAUGACGAGACUGCAAAAUCUCAAAGAUCUUCGGUAUGAAUAUUCUCCCGUCCGUAUGUUCCGCGAGAGAGAACGGGAUGGAUCCAUAAUUUGCGAAAUCCAUUUUAAAACGGGGCUUCGCUGUUAUGCAUGUAUCACGCUCUGGAUAUUACGGACGUGAUUUAUUUGUAUUCCGAUAUGCCAUAUGGUUCCUAUACUGUUAAGCUUUAUUUGUCGAGAGUAUCAAUACGAUGACCAGUAAGAGAAAAGUUCGUUAGAGUUUACGCUUUGGACGUAACAAAUAUGUCGAGAUUUGGCGCUUUCUUUAACUUUUUGAAGACUUGAUAAUUUUGACUGGGUAUUCUACUGGAUACAUGAAUCGUCAAGGGAUAGAGAUUUGCAUUGUUUCGUGCAAUGCAGUAUUUACGAUUACCGACGGCAUUGACUUCAGAGAGGUAUUUCAGAGAACGAAAAUCGUGUACAAAAUUUACUCACUGCACACAUUCUUAAUUAAAAAAAAAAAAAAUCACGUUUCUUAAUUCACCAUGACUUCGAGAUGACAACGAUCUUUUUAGCAAGAAAGAGCAAAACAAGACGAGUCUUAAUAAAAGUCUUGCCUAGACAUUUCAUUAAAAUUUAUCAGCAUUAGUCUUAUAUUGUCUCAUAUUUAAAGCUUUAUUUCCUUCUCAUAGAGUAUACAAGUUAAAACUCGCCAAACUCCUUUGCAAUCAGGAAGAUGCGCAUCUUUAUUUUAAUUUAUUUUUAUUUAUUUUUCAUUACGACGUUCGGUGGAACGUUUCGAUGAUUUAUGUGAUUUAUGCAUCGUGAUUGCAUCUUACUUCGCGAAUUAUUACCAAUGAAACUAGUAAUCUACAAGGUAUAUGUUAAUGUUACCAACUCUUAAAAAUUAAGCUAAUGUAAUUAUAUAUUAUAUCGAAAUGUUUAUAGUUUUUAUAUUUUAUAGAAUAUAUGUAGAUAUAAGGAAGUCACUCUUAAAAUGUAUAAGAGAUAACUAUGCGCAUAUCAUUUAUGCCUUGCACUUUUAUACCAGUUUUUCAAAUUCGUACUAUCUACUGUAGAAAAUAUGAAAAUAUGAUCGUUUGAUCUCGAUGCUCUUGUACGAGUAGUGAUAUUUUUGACAUCUUGUAGCGUUGCAAAAUGUAUAAAUUUUAUGUGCGCAUGAGUUAUCAUCUUGAUGUCAAUGUUUCGUUCGUGAAAGCGUGUCCUUCGCGUGAGAUAAUCCCUGUGUGUCUCUUCAUCACCGGUAUCUUAAUAAUAAUCGUGCUUAAUUAAUUUUUAUAUAUUUUUACCGAUUAGCAUUUAAUUUAUUCUUCCGCCCCAUUUACUUAUCCAUUCAUCCAUAUAUCGGUAUAAAAUUUAUUCUCAAUUUUGUACAUUUUGUAUCGCGCUAUUGCCGUAUUCCAUUUCGGGGAACAAGCAGCUACGAGGUGUCGUCGCUGUCAGUUUCAUCGUGAUAUUGUCAAGGCCGUUGAAACAAAAGCUGCCGCUAAAGCCGCGCUUCUUCGUGUUUUGUGUACGCGGCUUUCGCUUCGCGGAUCUGACGUGGAAGGCGCGAGAUUUUUUUCCCCAGUCGAUGCUUCUUACCGAUGUUUCUUCGAGACUCGCUAAAGGACACGCUUUCAUAUUGUUACCGCGCUCUGUAUAUAUAAAUAUAUACAUAUAUACGUAUAUGUUAGAAAGUAAAAUGUGUACAAAAAUUAUAAAAGAUUAUAUUCGUUGAGAGGGUAAGGAGAAGACAGUAGAGAAGAUGAUAUAUUUCUCAGCUUGAUAUGUUUUUGUUUUCGAGGGAGAAAACUUGCGAACUGAACUUCUUGGAGUUCCCUCAACAAAUAUGAUUUCCUUUUAAUUAUUCGAAAAGAUUUAUAAAGUUUAUGCGAAUUACGUGGGGACAAAUUUGUAAGAGAAAGUGUGUAGUUUUUUUUUCUCUCUCUCUCCUUUAUAUACCUGUCUAUCACCCAUUAGAUAAAUUUGAAGUGUUUUAUUUAUUGUUACAGGUUAACUUGAAAUUUCAGGAAAAUUUGAGAGGGGGUUUUUUUUUAUUUUUUUGUUAUAUUUAUACGAUAAAAUGUUCGAAGUGUAGGGCAUAAGAUAUAUGUAGCAUAAGACAAUCUAAUUUAGUACCGUGUUUAUUGGUAUAAUCUAUUUUCAAUAGAUUAGAUGAAAGUGACUAAUGUUUAGAUAAUUUUCACAAAUUUAUUUAGGAUAUUUAGUGGAUUAUGUUACGAAUGAUUCUUACCAAUCUUUAAAGCAUUUCAAUUCUUUAAAAAAAAAAAAAAUUAAAAUUUUUUUGCUUAGUUUUAAUUGUAAUAAAUAAUUUAAACGCCAUUACUUCAUAGAGUUGUAUAUGUAAUUUUUAGAAGCAGCGAUUUCUCAGAUACAGAAAGGGGCAUCUAAUGUCUUGUAAUUUAUAUAUAUAUAUUAUUACACCAAUAUUUUCAUUAAAGAUAGAUAUAUCUCGAGAUAAACACGUUUGAUACUAAAGAAUUUAAAAACGUCAGAAGAAAACUAUUCGGUAUUUUUCAAUCUCGUUGCGAAACUAUUUCAUUGAGUAUCGUCUUUCAGGGAUUGAGAUGCUUUAAAAGCUUUUUAUAUC